AUCCUCAUCUUCAUCAAACACCAUUCAAAAACCAAAACCAGAUAACCAUAUUUCAUCUUCCUCUCUUCUUCCAGCUUCCAAACCACAAUGAACCUACGACCCUUCCCCGACCGGAAAAUCUCCAUCGCUUUCUCUCUCCUCGCCCUCAUCGGCGGCGCCGUCGUCAUCUUCACCAUCUUCACCAACGACGCCACCAAUCUCAUCUGCACCGGAACCCCCAACACCCACCAAGCCACCACCAUCAUCCCCAUCCAACUCCGUGCAAUCCUCCACUACGCCACCUCCAGAACCGUCCCCCAACAAUCUCUCGCCGAGAUCUCGAUCUCCUUCAAUGUUCUCAAAUCCAUUUCCCCUUGCAAUUUCCUUGUGUUUGGUCUGGGCCAUGAUUCCCUUAUGUGGGCCUCGUUCAACCCCGGUGGGCUAACUUUGUUCCUUGAAGAAGAUCCUAAAUGGGUCCAAACGGUUUUGAAAGAUGCACCGGAUUUAAAAGCGGCUCACGUUAAGUACCGGACCCAGCUUCAAGAAGCCGAUGAGUUGAUGAAAAGUUACCGGCGGGAGCCGGAAUGUGCGCCGGCUAAAUCGUAUGUUAAAGGUAACGAACGGUGCAAGUUAGCACUUACUGGGUUGCCGGAUGUGGUGUACGAUAAGGAGUGGGAUAUGAUAAUGAUUGAUGCGCCCAAAGGGUAUUAUGCGGAGGCGCCAGGUAGGAUGGGAGCGAUUUAUUCGGCAGCUGUGAUGGCGAGAAAUAGGAAGAAAUCCGGUGUGACGCAUGUGUUUUUGCACGAUGUUGAUCGGAAGGUGGAGAAGGCGUAUGCGGAAGAGUUUUUGUGCCGGAAGUAUUUGAAAGAUGGGACUGGAAGGUUGUGGCAUUUUGAGAUACCGCCGGCCGGGAAUGUUACCGGAGAUAGGUUUUGUUAGAUGAUCGAAACCGCUGUUGGGUUUAGUUUGAUAUUUUUGUGUCUGAGCUGUUUUGUUUUGUAAGUUAUUCAAGUGUCGGUGAUAGAUUUUGUAUGUUAUAUGAUGAUAAUCAGGAGUUAUGGACUAUGGUUAUACAGUUAUAUA